CCCGCCCUCGCCGCCGUCCUGGCCCUCUCAGGGCUGGCGCUGAGCUGCUGCCGCGAGCCCGUUCUCUCCGAGUGUUAUACAGCAAAUGGGGCUGACUAUCGUGGCACUCAGAACCAGACCUCCCAAUAUGCAGGGAAACCUUGUCUUUUUUGGAAUGAGACCUUUGAGCAUCCUUAUAAUACUUUGAAAUAUCCCAAUGGGGAGGGAGGGCUUGGAGAGCAUAACUACUGCAGGAACCCUGAUGGAGAUGUCAGCCCAUGGUGCUAUAUUGCAGAGCAUGAGGAUGGAAUAUAUUGGAAAUACUGUGAGAUUCCGUCCUGCCGAAUGCCAGGGAAUCUAGGGUGUUACAAGGACCAUGGAGAGCCACCACCUUUGACUGGCACCAGCGAGACCUCCAAUAAACUUACUAUCCAAACAUGCAUCAGUUCCUGCCGAAGUCAACAAUUUAAGUUUGCAGGCAUGGAAUCGGGUUAUGCUUGUUUCUGUGGAAAUAAUCCUGACUACUGGAGAUAUGGGGAGGCAGCCAGUACGGAAUGCAACAGUGUUUGCUUUGGAGACCAUACUCAGCCCUGUGGUGGAGAUGGCAGAGUCAUUCUUUUUGACACCCUUAUUGGUGCCUGUGGAGGGAAUUACACUUCUGCUACAGCUGUGAUCUAUUCCCCAGAUUUUCCCGACACGUAUGGCACAGGCAAAGUCUGUUACUGGACCAUACAAGUUCCAGGAGCAUCUCGAAUCCACUUCAGCUUUGCCCUUUUUGAAAUCAAAGAUGCUACAGAUAUGGUGGAAUUGCUGGAUGGCUAUACCUAUCAUGUUCUAGCUCGUUUUAAUGGCAAGAACCGGCCUCCCCACACCUUUAACAUCUCUUUGGAUUUUGUCAUUUUGUACUUUUUCUCAGAUGAAAUCAAUCAAGCCCAGGGAUUUGCUAUCAGAUAUAGAGCUGUGAAGGACAAUGUACAUCAAAACAAGACUCCAAUGAAUCAGACACUUUCAGAGAAGAUAAAUGAACAAGCAAAUCUCAGCAUCAAUGCAGCCCGGUCAUCAAAGAUCCUUUAUGUCAUCACAACCAGCCCAAGUCAUCCUAGUAGCUCCAUGCCUGAGUGGACAAUAUACAGUCUCACAGCACUGCUCAUCCUAAGUGUUACAGCCAUAAUAGCAAAGAUAUUUCUCCACAUAACCAUGAGAUCCCACCAGAUACCAUCUGCAACUGAAACAGAAGAUUCCAGUGAGGUUACUACCGCUGGCGAGAUCUGGAGUAUAUUUUACCAGCCAUCCACAUCGAUAUCCAUCUUCAAGAAAAAGCUUCGAAGUCAACAAGAUGAUUGCAACCCACUAGUGGGAAACUGA